CUGAGCCAUCUUGCCAGGCUGCUCCACCUUCUUGGAGACCAGAGCUCAGUGAUUAGGUUUAUGAAUGUUCAAAGAAGUCCAGGAAUCCUCCUGUCUCUCCUCUCUCCAACCCCAGUGCCGGGGUUAGAAAUGCUCACUCCUUCAGCCAUCUUCUAUGUGGGUGCUAGGGCUCCGAACUCAGGUCCUUACGCUUGUAUAGCAGCACUUUAUCCACCGAGAGCUCGCCCCAUUCCUCCUCUCUAUUUUCUCCUCUUUGCCCUCCCGUGUCUCCCCUCACUGUGCUGCACUUCCCUGCCACCCACAGGAGCACCAGAGUUAAAACCGAAUGAGAUAAAGCCCAAAUCAGGGACUAGCUGGACAGAAGGCGAUGAAGUCAUGCUGACCUGCUCCGCCCGGGGCUUCCCAGAGCCCAAACUCACCUGGAGUCAGCGAGGCGAUACUCCAGCAGAGCAGCCCUCUGAGGGUAGAGGCUGGAUGAGCAGCUCGCUGAUAGUGAAAGUGACCAGCGCCCUGAGCCGAGAGGGUGUGUCCUGCGAAGCGUCCAACAUCCAUGGCAAGAAAGGCCAUGUCUUCCACUUUGGCUCUGUGGCCGCUCAGACUGCCCAGGCUGGAGUGGCUGUCAUGGCCGUGGCAGUCAGCGUCGGUCUCUUGCUACUCGUGGUCGCUGCUUUCUACUGCAUGAGACGCAAGGGGCGCCCUGGCUGCUGCCGACGAUCAGAGAAAGGGGCUCCGCCAUCCAGGGAACCGGAAUUGAGCCACUCUGGGUCAGAGCGGCCAGAACACACAGGCCUUCUCAUGGGUGGACCCUCCGGAGGAGGCAGAGGUGGCAGUGGGGGCUUUGGAGAUGAGUGUUGAGGCUGAGGACCUCCCAGAGGCAGUCUCUGGAUCUGGAACUUUGGGCAUCAUCGGAGGACCGGCUCUGAGCUCGCCUCCGCCUCAGCACGCCUCCGCCUCCUUCCUUCUCCAGCCUCGGCCCUCCCUUCCUUCCUCUGCCUGCUGGGCAGGGACCCACAGUGGCCAGCGGCCUUGGGGAGGGAAAGAGGGAGGUGGGGGCUGGGAGGGGGCCUUCCUCCAGGGAAUGUAACUCUCCCAGGCCCCAGAAUAGCUCCUGGACCCAAGCCCAGGGCCCGGCCUGGGACACGGCGCUGAGGGUCGGCAGGCCGGGGCUAUUUUUACCUCCUGUCUCCCUUGCUGGGCACUACCCCUCCCCACCUGAUACCCUGCUGUGUAGUCUGACACUGGAGUCCCCAACCCACCCCAUCCCUGCCCUCAUCCCCUGCCCAUCAUUGUGAACACUGGACUCUGAAAUAAAUGCUGCCUGUCACGUGGA